UUAUUCUGUCUAUAAUAAUCACCAUCUCUGCCCUUUAUGGGUAUAUUAUUAGUUUGUUUGUUGAUUCUGAUUUUUCUCCGUGCAAUAACAAAAUAGUAAUUGGCAUAAUUGCUAAUAAUAAUAAUUUCUACUUCUUAUAGCGUCUAGCUUGUUCGAAGCCCAGAACUUCAUCAAGAAACUUCAAACUUGACCUGUUAAAACUUUAACAGCUUCAAUUCAACGAAAUCCUCUCUCUCUUUCUCUUUCUCUUUCUAUAUAUAUAAUACACGAGUAUUAUAUAUAUAUCACCCCGUAUAUCUUCAGAGAUCUAAACCGGUGUAUGGCGAGAACCCGUUCCAACUCAACCGGAACACAAUCACCAAACCCUAACUUCGCUCUCUCUCCAUGGCCACCGACGCAACUCCAAAAUUCCAAAAUCCCGACCUAUUGCCGGUCCCACAACCACCCGACUAUAACCCGGCCAUAGUCGUCUCGCCGUCGCACGACGGCCUACACUUCUGGCAAUUCAUGAUCGCCGGUUCGAUAGCCGGUUCGGUCGAGCACAUGGCCAUGUUCCCGGUCGACACCGUCAAGACCCGAAUGCAAGCCCUCGGAUCCUGCCCCAUCAAGUCCGUGGGCCUCCGACACGCCCUGCGCUCCAUCCUCCAAACCGAAGGAGUGGCUGGUUUUUACCGCGGCAUCGGCGCGAUGGGCCUCGGCGCCGGCCCGGCCCACGCUGUUUACUUCUCCGUUUACGAGUUCUGCAAGAAGGCGCUUUCCGGCGGAAAUCCUAAUAAUCACGCCGCCCACGCGGCGUCUGGGGUGUUCGCGACGUUGGCGAGCGACGCCGUGUUCACGCCGAUGGAUAUGGUGAAGCAGAGGUUGCAAUUGAGUAACAGUCCGUACAAGGGGGUGUUGGAUUGCGUGAGGAGGGUAUUGAAGGAAGAGGGGUUUAGGGCUUUUUACGCAUCGUAUCCCACCACGGUGCUGAUGAAUGCGCCGUUCACGGCAGUGCAUUUUGCAACUUAUGAGGCGGUGAAGAGGGGUUUAUUGGAGGUUUCGCCGGACAGUGCAAGUGACGAGCGGUUAGUGGUUCAUGCGACCGCUGGGGCUGCUGCCGGGGCAUUGGCAGCAUUCGUGACAACGCCGCUUGAUGUCGUGAAGACUCAGUUGCAGUGUCAGGGUGUCUGUGGAUGUGACAGAUUCACAAGUGGUUCAAUUAGGGACGUUUUUCGAAUUAUAGUGAAAAAAGAUGGAUACAGAGGGCUCAUGAGAGGAUGGGUGCCUAGAAUGCUCUUCCAUGCUCCUGCUGCAGCAAUAUGUUGGUCUACAUAUGAAGCUGCAAAAUCCUUCUUCCAAGAACUAAACACUAAACAGGGGUAGCAACAAUAGCACAGUGACCUGACAGAUUAUGAAGAUUAAGGAUCCUAAAGUUUCUGCUGUUCUAUUCACGGAUAUGUCUAUAUGGUUGACAAAGAGAAGUUUAUUAAUGUGAUGGGACGGUGGAAAAUUAGAAACAAACAUCUUUCAAACGGAAACCACGCCCUCGUAGUCUUUAAUCAUUAUCAUAGACAGAGUUAAUUUGAUGUAUUAUAUAAACUGUUGUCAGUUUUACUAAUUUUGUAGAUAAACGCUUGACAUGACUUCAUUCAUACCCAUUUUUUAUUUUUUUUUAUUUUUUUUCUCUGGAUUGUGUUUUAUGAAACCUAUGUAAAAUUUUCCUCAUUCAUUUUGGGGUUUCAUGAUGAUGUAGGGUAAUCACUUAAGAAAAUUUUGAUCUGUUUAUUGGA